UGGAAACGUAUUCCAAAACAAUUACAAAACUCAUUCCUUCCCUUCCAAAAAAUUGGUGUCGAGUUUGGAAUUAAAAAAGAAGGCCGUGUUUUGAUAUCAGAUGAAAUGGGUCUUGGUAAAACCAUUCAAUGCAUUGCCAUUGCUACACAUUUCUCAAAUGAUUGGCCAUUGUGGAUUGUAUGUCCAGGAUCUUUAAAAGCUAAUUGGAAAAAGGAAAUUUUAAAGUGGAUGGGAGGGCAAACUGUUAAAGUGGAUGGUUCUGAUGAAUUUAUAACUUCCAUGCAAAUUAAUGUCAUUGACAAUAGCAGUCAAGUCAAUAAGGGGUUUUCCCUUAUCAAUAUUAUUUCCUAUGAUUUGUUAGCGAAGGACAAUAUUAUUUCAUUGGUUGAAAAGGAAUUUGAAAAGAAAAAGAAAGGUGUCAUGGUUUGUGAUGAGUCUCACUUGUUAAAGAGUUUAUCUAGCAAGAGAUCACAAUCAUUGGUACCACUUUUAGAGCAAGCUACUAGAACUAUCCUUGCAAGUGGUACAAGUUGCAUGUCGAGACCAAUUGAGCUUUUUUCUCAAAUUAAGGCCAUCAUUGGAAAGAACAGUAUCAAGAAGCUUGAAUUUGGCUAUAGAUAUUGUGGUCUUACUCAAAAACCAAAAUAUGACUCGGAUUACAAAGGAUCUAGUAGAUUAUCUGAGCUAUAUUGCCUACUUUCCAAUACAAUAAUGAUAAGAAGAUUGAAAAGAGAUGUUUUAACAGAGUUACCACCUAAAAGGAGGUCCAAGUACUAUUUACAUGUAAAGGAAGAAGAUCUCAAACAAAUUAAUGGCAUUGGAGGUGAUUCUAAGAAAAAGUUCUACCAAAAAGAUUGGGGUAAACUCCAGAAAGAUAAGGAUGUUAUUGCUAAAUAUGUGAAAACUGCUGAGGCUAAAAUAGAUGGAAUCAGGUCUUACCUCAGAAAAAUUAUUCCCAAGAAGGAGAAGUUUCUCAUAUUUGCUCACCAUAGGCGUGUGAUGGAUGCAAUAGAAGAAACUGAUGAUGAUGUAAAAACUUACGAGUAUAUUAGAAUAGAUGGCGAGACAAAGGACAGAGAGGGAUUAGCUCAUCACUUCAGAUCAACUGAGAAUUGUCUCGUUGCCAUCCUAUCUAUGAAUGUAGCAGGUUGUGGUCUUAACUUUGUGCCAUGCUCUACUGUUGUAUUUGCAGAACUGUGUUGGAAUCCAGCCUUACUCAAUCAAUGUGAAGAUCGUUGUCACAGAAUUGGACAAAAAGGAGCUUUUGUGGAUAUCACGUACUUAUUGGCAAAGAAAACCUUGGACGAUUUCAUGUGGGAUUUAUUAACCAAGAAGGCUGACAUUACAGACCUUGCAUUAAAUGGUCAAAAAGAAGAGAAGUCAUCUCACUUAACAAGAAGU